ACCCACAAAAGGAAUCGCAUACGAGGUGGCCGAACGGAUUGUAUUUAAUAGGCCUCCACGAUGAGCGAGUUUCGGCACAGUAGCGAGCUGACCGGCUGCCAUCCUUGGCUGUGGCUUUCAGAUUUGCAAAGUGCACAAUGGUGAUGUCGGAAAGACAAAAGUGCACCUUUGAGUGCCCAACUAGUGCUGCCUGAAGUUUAAGUUGUGCCUUUUCCUCCAUUUCCCUGCUGACAUGCCUUGCCUCUCGAUUUUUACCCCCCCAAAAAACUGCGCCGUGCUCGCCUUCGCGACCUGAACACUCCUGCCCUCGAUAUUCCAUUUGCUUAAUCUGCCUGGGCCUGCCCUCAAUCUGUCCAACUGUCCUUUCUUUUUCUGGCAAGCGAUUCGGGCCUUUAACCGGUCCCUGAUUUUAGGAAAUGGCGCAGCUUGUCGAACGAGUCGGAGGCCCAGAUCUCUGCACAAUCUGUCAGAGCCUCCCUUUCAAAGGGUUAUUCACCAUAAAAGAACCUGAAGAACUUGAAUACGACACGCUCAAGGGAAUACUUGGCCGAAUGGGCUGUUCCUUCUGCAGCCUGGUCAAACACACCCUGUACUUACACUACGGGGAAGAAUACCUGCGAGCCCAGCUCGAGACACCGAGGGAUAAGCCGUUCGUUGUCCGCCUCCACCAAAAACCAAUGGGCCUGGACGCAGUCUCUUGGUUUAACGACAAGGGGAAACCAGGUAUAUUCUAUCUCGAGCUGUCCGGCUUGAGUGAGCUGCCCCAUAGGAGGAUGAGAGAAGUCAGGGUGGAUGACGAGUACCACAUUGGGGCGAAGCUGCAGCUCUUGGCAGAUGAUGGCGACACAACCACGGAGACGGAGCGCGCGCUGUUCGGCCGGCGCGUCGACCGGAAGAUAAUAGAUUGGGUCAACAUCAGGCGAUGGAUAGGCUGCUGCGAGGCUCGACACAGCACAAUCGUUGGGACGACGGGCGUGGCCGGUAGCGGCGAAGGGGCGCUACCGGCGUGGCAAACGGAGGGCCUAUUGGCCAUUGAUGUUGACCAAUACUGCGUGCUCCCUCUGCCGCAGGGAUCCCGGUAUGUAGCGCUCAGCUACAUGUGGGGGAAGGACCAGAAGGUGAAGCUUGGCACCGCUAACGCGGGGGCCAUGGCGACCCCCGGGGUCCUGAAGACGCCCGAGGGGCGUCCAUCGCGGACUAUAGUCCACGCUAUGGCCGUCGUGCGACAGCUCGGAUGCCGGUACCUUUGGGCCGACGCCCUCUGCAUCAAGCAGGACGACGAGGCGAGCAUAAUCUUCAACACGGGCAGGAUGGACGCGGUUUAUGCCGAGGCGUGGGUUACCAUCAUGGCCACUGCCGGGGCGGACGCCGACGCGGGCCUGCCGGGGGUGAUGCCCGAGGUUCCCCGCCAAAGCCAGCAGAUGAGGGUUGCCGUCGGGGAGGGCUUGGUCGUCGCCAACAUGCUGCACGUUGACGAUACGAUCAACAUGACUAAGUGGAACACGCGAGGGUGGACGUACCAGGAGCGGCUCUUAUCCACACGGACGCUAAGCUUUACCGAGAGUCAGCUUUACUACCGCUGCCAUCUCCGGUGUGGCUGGUGGGAGGAGGUGCACAUGGAGGAGGACAAAGACGAGGAGGAAGAACGAGCCGUUAUCGACCAGUACGACGACAGGUACCAGAUGGCCUUUAAAGAAUCGGACAUCUUUGAGAUUUACGCCACCUCUGUGGCAGAGUACACGAGACGGACCUUGACCAACGAAGCUGACAAGAUCCGGGGCUUUCAGGGGGUACUAAACCAACUCCAGGUGCAAAUGAGGUGCUGGUUCUUCCAGGGAAUCCCCACGUCUGCCUUCGUUGACGGCUUGCUGUGGCAAAUGUGCCUUGGCGAUGUUAAACCUGGCCCGCGUCGGAUAACCAAGUUCCCGAGCUGGUCCUGGGCGGGGUGGCGCGGCCCAGUGGCGUACGGGGCCGGAGGACCGAAGUUGCUGUCAAAUAUCUGCGAAUGCACGGCGAGCCAGGUCGCCAUCGAAACAAUCGACGGAGCCCGUUUAAGUGUGCGAUCCGACACCCCAUCCUGCCAAGUCGAGCAAACUGUCGUGGGCGAGUCGUGGACUCGGCAUUUCGACGAUCUGUUCAGGAUUUACUACACCCUCAGCGAAUAUGGGCGGCAAUCCCCUUACCUCUACCCUCGCCCGCUCAAAAGCACCCUAGUCCGGCAGAACCCUCCCCACAGCAUCGGGAACGAAGCGACGCCAGGAGUACUCAAGGUACAUGGGAAAACGGCGGCCUUCAGAUUGACGAAGCAGCACACUGGCCUGAAUUCGUGCGGCUCGGGGGCGCACGAGAUUUGCGACAUCGGCGUGCUCGACGGCCGCGGGAAACGCGCGGGCACGGUCAUUGUGGAAGCGGAGCUCGUCCCGGACCUGGACGGGCGGGAGCGCAAGUUCUUGGCUAUCGCGCGCUCUACAGCGAACAGAUGCGCCAUGCCUCCUUAUUGUGAUCCUUCCUGGGACGCCGAGUCCCGCCGCUUUAGGCAUUGGACGGAGCAGCCCAAGGCCGACGACGGUGAACGCAAGGAUAGGCUCCUGGCCAAGGCGAAUAGGUUCAUGCUUGGGCCGUGGUGCGAUGAUGAGCAUUUCGACAACACUGAGUUCUGGCCCUACUUCGACGUGAUCCUACUGACUGCGCCGGGAGAGAACGGGGUGAUGGAGCGGCUGGGGAUUGGAAAGAUACACGUUGAUGCUUUCCUGCCCAUCGCCUCGGAAGAAGUAGUAUGGCUGGGAUUGCUGGCCACGUCAGAUAGGACAACGUACUCAGGGCACUGGCUUGUCCUGCUCUUAUCGUUGCCUCAGGCCGCCAUCUCCCAUGCCCAUCUCGCCGAGGUAGAGGGUGUAUAUAAGGUAUUCACAACGCGCGACACGUUUGAGCACACGACCGUGUUCCGGCACGAGGGGACGCACAACACCGAGUCGUCCAGGGCCGCCGCCCUCGCGGUCCUGCACGACCACGACUUCUUCCUCGCCCUGGACGACCUGGCGCUCUCGCACGAGCCCGUCGUGGCGGCCCCGGACGCGGCCGCGGCGCAACCGCAACCGCGACCGCUUCCGCAGGGCGUGGCGGCGCGCGCCGGCGAGACCAAGUCGUACGACCAGGCGUUCGCCAUGCCGGCCGCGUUCGCGUGGCUCCUCCCCGGCGGCCUCCAGCGCACGACGAACCGCUGGGACGUCACCAGCACGGCCGACGGGCUGUUCGCGCGCAUGGCGGGCGCGCUCGACGUCAGCGUCGAGCGGGACCUGAGGCUCGUCGCCGUCGCCUCCUCCUCCUCCUGGAAGCUCGUCGAGACGGUCACGAUCGGGUGCCCGAGGGGGAUGCUGGCCACCAUGCGCAAGCGGGUCGAGGCCAAGUGGCGGGACGAGCACGCCAAGUAUGUGCACAAAAUGGGAGGAGAGGUGGGCGAGCAGGUGUAGAACAUCCGGUAUUUCUUUUCGAGUGAUGGGAUACGCAAAGCUGAGAAGGUAGAACAUAGUGGAUAUUGAAAGAAUUGCACUGCAUCAAGGGACAAAUAUUUUCUGACCAAGAAGGAGAAAAGGAAAUAAGAAAAGUGCAACAGAGAAGGGCGAAGACAUACAGGCAAAAAAAGAAAGAAAGAAAAGCCAAAAUAACCAACUGAAGCACAAACACACUUUCAUCGCCUGUUGCUCACCCAGUCCUUG